AUGUUCGCCUAUGGCGCCUUGACCCUGGUUCUGGUCGCCUUCCUCCGGGAGCUCCACGUGUCUCAGACGCGCAUUGGACUGUUCAUGACCCUAACACUAGUCGGUGAUGUUCUGAUCAGCUUCGUGCUCGCCAUCUUCGCCGAUAGUGUGGGCCGCAGAGCGGUUCUUCGCAUGGGCGCAGUGCUGAUGAUAGUUAGCGGCACUACCUUUUUCUUGUCACAGAAUUAUUGGUUUCUCCUCAUGGCUGCCAUCUUCGGCAUCCUCAGUCCAAAUGGAGGUGAGACCGGUCCAUUCCGGGCCAUAGAGGAGAGCACGCUGGCCCACCUGACCGACCAGCGCGCGAGGAGUGAUGUCUAUGCAUGGUACAAUGUGUCUGGAACCAUCGGGUCUGCCUUUGGCCUAGUUAUCUGCGGCUGGGCUAUCCAUUACCUACACACGAACCUAGGGUGGCAACUCAUUGAUGGGUAUAGAGCUAUAUUCUGUGGCUAUGCUCUUGUCGGGCUCGCGAAAGUUUUCUUGGUUUCCGGACUCAGUGAUUCGGUCGAAUUGAGUGGGCCAGAGAAAGCAGGGCCUCAAAGUCGCGGUGCCGGGAAUACGGCGGAAUCCACGCCUCUUCUCGGCCAGGUCACGCCGGAAGAAGAAUUGAACUCGGUGCCUAUCAAAUCAGGCAAAGGGCCAAUGCUACCCACGAUCAGCCAGGAGAGCGUCAGAGUUAUAUCUACUCUCUGCCUCCUAUUUGCUUUGGAUAGCUUUGCGACGGGUCUAGCUCCGCUAGCUUGGGUGACAUUCUUUUUCCGGUCGCGGUAUGGGUUGGAAGAGGGCGAACUUGGCUCCAUCUUCUUCGUGACAAGGAUCAUCGGUGCGAUAGCCAUGAUUCUGGCGUCUUCCUUGGCUAAACGUCAUGGCAACAUCAAAACAAUGGUCUUCACGCACCUACCGUCUGCAUUGUUUCUGGCCCUUAUCCCAGUUCCAAACGAUGUACACUUCUCGGUUCUCUUCCUCAUUCUACGCUCUGGCCUGCAGUGCAUGAGUAUUGCUCCUCGCUCAGCCUUCGUCGCUGCUAUUGUCCUGCCACAGGAGAGAACAGCAAUGAUGGGUCUAGUCAACGUCGUAAGGACGACGGCCCAGAGUAUUGGACCCUUCGUGACCGGAAUGCUGGCAGAUGGGGGCUUGUUUUGGACGUCUUUUGUCUGCGCUGGGAGCUUGCGGGCCUGCUAUGAUAUCGGCCUUCUAAUCUUGUUCAAGAACAUUGAGCAAGAAAGGACAAAAGAAGCUGAGAGCGUCGACGAGGAACGGAUCGUGGAUUAA